ACCCCAUAACAUACAACCACUAUAGCUACCGCAGCAUCGCAUUGCUUUUGCAUCCGUCCCAACACCCGUGCACCGGCUCACCAGUCCUCUCUCUGCCGCUGUGGUGCUUUCUUCAUGCUUGGUUGCUUGGCGACGUGGAAUUUUCCAAAUAAGCUUUUGCGACUGGCCGGCGUGUUCAGUGGAGCAGGUAAGAUUUACAAGUUGAGUGCCGGUCUCAUAAUCCUAGUAUGGCUGUAACACGGCAAGGAAAUAAAGGGCAGUGCAUUGAAUGUCUUGCUGGAAAUGCUCGUGCUCUGGUCUCACACCACCUUCCUCACUCUCAACAAGACCAACGAUCGCUGGGUUGGCUGUUACGCUGUUACUGAUGUUGCUGCGCUGCUUCCACAGUUGUCAACAACAACAGUAACAACGAUAAGAAGAAGAGCAUCUCCUCCUCCAAGGGUCUCUACAGUACUCUAGCUGCUGUUGUAGCUAGCUAGCAACUCCCAGUCUGGUUGACAAAGGAGCAUUCGAUUUGAAUCGAAUCGAAUCGAUCUUCAACCUAGCAAGAAUCGAAUCGAAUCGAAUCGGAAGGACGAGUAUUUAUUUUAUUUUUGCCAUUUGGUUGUUGGUUGUUGGUUGUUGGUUGUUGGUGUUGACCAUGUCGGGUCCUGAACAUGAAGAAGCGCUGAACCAAUUGCACGAGAUGUUUGGAGCUGUCGACGAUGGCAGUGAGAGCCAAGGCGUCGUCGUAGAUCAAUGGACCAGAGAGAACUUGGAAAUGGUGCUCAUUCUACAAAAGAGCAACCUGCAGCAGAGCAUCCAAUGCCUGCUAGAGAAUGGAGAUGAAAAGCCUGAAGCCGUCAUCCGCAAGCUACUGGAAAGGGAUACCACCACUGCCAAUGGACUCAUGCCUUUGGAUGCACCUUCUGAACGCAGUACUACUGGUACAGGUGGUGACAGAAGACGUAGUAGAAGCAGUACCGGUGAAGAAGAAAAGAGUUCUAUACACGAGAGAAACUCGGAUGCAAGAUUGGCCAACAGCUCUGUCCGGCAAUCGCAAGCAUCCUUACUGUCUAGACAAUCUUCGGCGACAUCGAAUCGAUCCUCCACCAACGCCAAUCGAUAUAGCUACAAAAAAGCAGGUCGCAACAGCAGGACACCCUUACCCUUUGAUUUCAUUUGGGUGGAACGAUCGGGACUAGAAGCCGUCAAUGGGCAGUACUUUCUAAUAGACCCCGACAUCGACAUGGCUAAGACCAAUCCCAAACGACACUACUUCCAAUACGCCAUGCAAGCAGAUUGGGAAGGAGAUGCCUACACAUUCUCGCUGGAAAAGAACAAGGAAGAUAACUGUUGGUACUUGUGUGCCAAACCCACAAACAAUAAUAGUGAUGAUACCAACAACACAAGCAAUAAUACCAAUGGAAAUGCCGACGAUGCCAACAAUUUCAAUGAUCCAGACAACAAUGACAAUAAGAUCAAUCUGUUCUUCAGUCCCGAAAAGCGCUACCGGAGGACCUACCGACAAUAUCCGCGGUUACGAGGAUGGCUCCCCACGGAGCAAUUGAAAGACAGAGGGAUACGAGGGAUUGCUGCUGGAACAGAGAUUGAACCACCAAAGCUAAGGUAUGAUUGAUGGACCGAACUGGACUGAAACGAAACGAACUGCAAUGAUGAGGAUGCAGAUUUUGUAUUGUCGUCCAAAAGUGAAUGGAUGGAACAAGGCGCGAAAGAGUGGUAAGAGGGUUUGCAAUUGGUGACUUCCAGUUGGGUUUGAUUAAUCCAUUCUCCUAUUUUUCGAAACUGUCCAUGUUCCACCCAACAAUCUGCUGAAUCCAUUCUUUAGAAUAGAAGUUAGUAGUCCAUCUUCGUUCCCAAUCUAAUGCUAAUGCUAGAUCUCUAAGAUUGGCUGUCUCUAUUGAAACCGUUCCUUCCCCUCCAGGCGCUUAUGAGGUUGCAAUGUUUACUUAGUACUGUCCAGACACCCUCAAAUCUCAUACGAUUUUACAAAAAGCGACUGAGUUGCAGGUACAGUGUAGAUGUAAUAGAAGUUUAUUUGAAGGCUACUCCGAGUACAGUGUUUCCACUGUGCUGCUGCACUAAACGGAAAACCACCACAAACAUUGGGCCCGCGGGAAAGUUUAGAACCCAAAGGAGGCAAGAUAUUAACAGUCUGUUUUGUAGGCAAGGGCACUGCGCAUGACAUUGUUUCUCGACUGUGACUCGACUGGACUCGCAGUGGUGACUCGACAGUCGAGUCGAGUCGAGUCGAGUCGAGUCGAGUCACGAUCACC